GGACGGGGGGGACACCGAUUCACAGCCCACGAAGUGCUGCUUGGUAGGGCAGAGGACAGACCAAUUGCGUUGGUGCCGCAGCUCCCCGCGCUUCUCCCUCCCGCUGCUCCUCUCAACCUCCAAGCUAUUCCUCCUGUCCCGUACUAAAUGCCUCCUUUCUUCUCCUACACCACCCUCCCCUACCAGCUCACGGAGGGCCCUUACCCCAUGCGUGAGUUCUCGGAGUAUUUGGUGGAGCUAACUGACGUGAAGCCGCUGCCCUUCGCCGACGAAGACGCGUGGGAGUUGCACCGUGCGCUGUACAAGUCGGUGGCGCUGGGGAUGUUCCGGUUCUUCGUGGAUCACGAAGACCACGCUAUCGGGGAGCACUUCGUCGUUUACUACGUCAUCGCGCGGCCCAAGCCAGCGGAGAAGGAAGGGACGGUGGCGCUGUACCCCUUCGCCCCGCUCCAGACAAUCGAUCCGGGAUUGUUGGAGCUCAUACAUCUUGAGCUCCUCUCCAUUGCGCAAGUGAUCGCGAGCGAGGAGGAGGAGAUCCAACCACGAUUGCGGACGGGGACGGCCCCGCGGAGAACGUACAACGCGGUCGUCAUCCCGGAUUACAUUGCGCAGCACGCGGAGAGAUUGGAGGACUUCCCGGAGGAAAGGCCGUUGCGUCCUCCCUCGUCGUAUCCUCGACCAGCGCCACCGAAGGCCCCCAAGAAGACGCCGAAGAGGAAGAGACGCCACCCGUCGCCAGGAGCGCAAGGCAGCAGGACCGGCGGCGGCGAGGACGUGAUUCAGCCCGCGCGUACGCGGAUUCCUGACCCUGUGCCUGGGAGCGCGGCCACACUCGUUAAGGAGACUAUCGUGCCAUCGCCGCCCAUUCCGCGUGUGCCCGAUCUCAAUCUUGAUGGAGUCGGGCCAUCAUCAUCAGCAGCAGCCGGAGGAGGAAACCGAAUGGGAUUUUCGGAUCCCAUAUCCAGACCCCCCGUCCUCGCGGGACCUCUCCGUUCCCGCCAGCCACCCCGGCGUGCCCCGGUCAUUGACAUUAGUAGUUCAUCCGAGCCGGACGGUCCAUCCGACCGAGGUGGACUUCAUGGUGGAGCCCGCCACCAUCAGGCUCGAGGCUAUCACGGGGGCGCCUCGCCCUGAUCCAGCGUGGGAGCCAUAUCUGACACCCCCUUUCCAAGGGUGUAUUGCGACGCGA